AUGUUCUUUGUCACCUUUCUUAGCUUUUGGACAGACUGUAGUCUCAUGCUCAUGCUUGAAAAUUAUCGUCCCGGUCCGAUUGUACCAUUAUCACGCCGUCUUGACUGCCUGAUUGAAGCUACUCGUCGUGUUGGCCGUCGGCUUGAGCAGAUGCGUGUAAUCGGAGCUGUGGUUGCCUCAUCUGCUGUGCAGUCUACAACACCUAGUGGCUCUCUAGGCGAUUCUCCCGCUGAAUCAGUGCAGCUAAUCGAUCGUAUUGGUUCCCCUAGUACUCUGGAAGAUCUUAAUUCUUCACAGAUCAAGCCAGAAGAGGGUAUGUUUGUUGAUGACGCGGUAAGUAAACUGAGUACAGUAUUUGUCUAUCGUAUUGGCGGAUGCAACCUAGGUAUACUUGACCGAUGA